CGUUUAUAUCAUAGAGCUGUGGCGAUGAUGAUGAUGAUAUACCCAAUAGAACUUUUAUUGGAUAAGAAACGAAGAGCUCAGAUUACGAAAAUUUGAGAUCCCAUCUUAUCUUCUCUCAUCAAUCUCCGAUUUCGAAUUUUGCAUUCUCCGAUUCUAUCAAUCUCAAGUGUUCGGAUCUCGACAUGGAUGCUCGAAAGAGAGGACGCCCUGAAGCUGCUGCUCCCUCGCACAACUCCAAUGGCGGAGGAUUCAAGAGGUCUAAGCAAGAGAUGGAAUCAAAUUCAACUGGUUUAGGAAGCAAAUCCAAGCCAUGCACUAAAUUUUUCAGCCCUUCUGGAUGUCCGUUUGGUGACAACUGCCACUUCUUGCACUAUGUACCUGGUGGGUACAAUGCUGCAGCUCAGAUGACAAAUCUACGACCACCAGUUGCUCAAGUUUCCAGAAAUAUGCAAGCAUCUGGUGGUGUGGGAGGUAGAUUCUCAGGGAGAGGAGAUUCAGGAUUAGGCCCUGUUUCAAUGUUUGGUGCUUCUGCUACUGCCAAGAUUAGUGUAGAUGCUUCUUUAGCUGGUGCCAUCAUUGGAAAAGGUGGAAUUCAUUCCAAACAGAUAUGCCGUCAAACAGGAGCAAAAUUAUCGAUUAAAGAUCACGAAAGAGACCCAAACUUGAAGAUUAUUGAGCUAGAGGGAACAUUUGAACAGAUCGAUGUAGCGAGUGGGAUGGUGAGAGAGCUUAUUGGAAGGCUUGGAUCAGCCAAGAAACCUCGUGGGAUUGGUGGUUCUGAAGGGAAACCACAUCCUGGGAGCAACUACAGGACCAAGAUCUGUGACAGGUUCUCUAAAGGGAACUGUACAUAUGGAGAUAGAUGCCAUUUUGCGCAUGGUGAAGCUGAGCUGCGCAAGUCGUGAAUCACUUAGUUAUGUCUUUAGAAUCUUGAGAACAGGUUAUGCAUUUGUGUUUCUGUUUUUGGUUAAGGCAUUGUUACCUUCCAUUAUCUUUGUGACCUUUUCUCUAUUCUUUGUUUAUUUUACCGAUUUGUUUUAUGCGACUGGGUUUGAAAACUUUUGACCAAUUGUUAGGCCUCUGAAGAUUUGCUUUUUAA